AUGAAGCAAUCAAGUUACCACUAUCAGUUGACUGUGGUGGAGCAACUCAGUAGAUCAUGCAGUUCCACGAAUAGCCGCGAUAAAAACAACAAAAGCCCUCUGGAUGUCUUAGAAAUUGAAAGUUGUUUCGAAAGAUCCCCCUCGCCCCCUCUCCGCCCUCGCCCUACGAAACAGGACGCAACAAAACAGGCCAAGUCGCCGCUCGGCAAUGUACACUCAAUAGAUGUGGAAGAGUCAAUUGAUCACAGGAGUUGGAACCAU